UCCUUCCUUCAGCAUCUCGGGUGAAACCGGUGAACCUGGCAACCCGCGUGCCCCGGGCGGUUGCCAUGGUGACGGCGGGAACAUGGCGCAGCUGCUGGGAGAGACGCUGUUUGAGAUCAGCGCUCAGGGACCUGCUCCGAUUAAAGACUACUUCUGCCUGCAGGUCACUCAGACUGAGGUGAUCUGGCGAUGGUGGAAGAUUUCUUUACGCCCGGAUUCCCGCAACACGAGACCCGGAGAAGUGAGAGAGUCACACAGCGAGUAUCUGGACGACAGCCGGCUGCAGAGUCAGGUGUUGAUGGUGUUUGGUCCUCGUGUGCUGCAGUACUCUAAGUGUUUGUGUCAGGGUCAGUUUGAUUAUCUCCAGCGUCUGCCGGAUUCUUUACUCCUCCACAUCACGGCACAUUUAGAGCUGGAGGACGUGACGCGGCUCGCACACACCUGUCACAGGUUUAAACAGCUCUAUAGCUCGGAGCAGUUUUGGGAGCAGACUGUACGCCUGCACUGCGACACAGUGACCCCGGGGAUGGAGGAUUUGGCCCGAGACGUGGGAUGGAGGCGUGUUUUCUUCACCAACAAACUCCAGCUCCAAAAGCAGAUCCGCCGCCGCAGAGCAGGAAACAAACUCACACACGCGGGAGAUUUUCCUCAGCAACGCGUCUGAACGAUAACCCGAGACGGAGCAGGAACAAAUUCACAUACGAUACGAAACAACACGCAACGUCACGGAGCCCACGCUGUACCGGACAAUUUAUACACUUUAUAUUUGUGUUAAAAGUUAAAGACUAGUUAAUUACUAAUUAAAUCAAUCUGAUUUGCUAGACACUGGAAUGUUUCUUUUAUUUUUUUUAUUAUUUUAUUCAAGAACAUAAAAUUUUUAUUGUUAUUAAUCAUUAUAAAGGAUCAUUUUCAAAUAAAAUCAAAUAAGGUACAGUUGUAGCUUUAUUAAUUGUAACAUGUACAGAAAAUCAUACCAUAAAAUCAGUUUUAUUUUUAUUUUAUUUUGCUCAUACUUUUUAUCUGCACAAAUUUCUAUUUUUAAUUCAUUUUUGAGUAAUUUUAUAUCACAGUUAAGUACAGCUCUAAUGCAUAACGACACACUUUUUAUCUGUACAGUUGAGUGCAAAAGUUUUCACACCCUCACGCUGAAACAAUAAAAUCAACAUGAUAUUAAAUUCA